UUAAGGAAAAAAAAACUCAAGAUUUCCAAACCGGAUGUGUAAGCAAGUCAAUUUAGGCAUUCAAAGCUAGAGAGAGUAGCUAUCGAGAAAUUGAGAGGAAGAUUUAAAAGAAAGAGACAAAGUAAACCUAAGCUGCUUAUCCAUAAAGCCAACACAUUAUUCUUACCCUUUUGCCCACACUCAUAACCCAUCACCAUCUCUACAUACACACAUAUUACAUAUACAUACAUACACACAUAUUACAUAUACAUACAUACACUCCAUCCACCCACAUGAAUGUCUCCAUAAACACUAUUAUAUAGUACUGGUCCAAGGAUACAAGUUGAGAGAGAGAUAGUGAGAAGCAAAUUUUGUGAAACUCGAUAACAAGAAAAAGAAAUUAUUUUCCAUAGGAAAGCAAAACUCUGUCUUAUUAUUAGAAACAAAAAAGAGAGUGAAAGAUGAAGAUUUGGUGUGAUGUGUGUGACAAAGAAGAAGCUUCAGUGUUUUGUUGUGCAGAUGAAGCAGCUCUCUGUAAUGGUUGCGAUCGCCAUGUUCAUUUCGCCAAUAAGCUCGCCGGAAAACAUCUCCGAUUCUCUCUCACUUCUCCUACUUUCAAAGAUGCUCCUCUCUGUGAUAUUUGUGGGGAGAGGCGUGCAUUAUUAUUUUGCCAAGAAGAUAGAGCAAUACUAUGCAGACAAUGUGACAUUCCAAUGCAUCAAGCUAAUGAGCACACUAAGAAACACAAUAGAUUUCUCCUUACCGGCGUCAAGAUAUCCGCCUCUCCCUCGGCGUACCCAAGAGCUCCCAAUCCCAACUCCGCUGCGGGAUUGGGUCGGGCAAAAACCCGACCCAGAUCGGUAUCAAGCGAGGUCCCGAGCUCGGCCUCCAGUGAGGUCUUUGCAAGCUCUCCUUCGACGACUACGAGCAACUACUAUUACGGGCUUGAGGAAAACUAUCAUCAAGUGAGUGAUUCGGGUUCUGGAUCGGGCAGUAUAUCGGAGUAUUUGAUGGAAACAUUGCCCGGCUGGAGAGUGGAGGAUUUGCUCGAACAUCCUUCUUGUGGACACUAUGAGGAUAACAACAUUACUACUAAUAACAAUAACAAUGAGUCCUAUAGGGUUUACGAUGGUUCUUCACUAUACGAUGAACAAGGGUUUUGGGAACAAAAACCUUUUUCCUAAACUUUAUUUUUUUCCUUUUUUGAUCUGAAUCUAGUUGUUUUUUAGAGGGUGUUGUUUGGGGUUUGAAAUCAUAAACCCAAACCAACUUGUUCUCUGUGUUUCUCCAAUUUCUUCAUUUUCAUUUUUAUAUUUUUUUAAUAAGAAAUUCGUUUGUCUUUAUCAACAAAAUU